UGGCAGGAGCCGGCUGUAGAGUCCGGUCUCGAACAUGCGGAGCAGGAGCAACUCCGGCGUGCGGCUGGACGGCUACGCCCGGCUGGUGCAACAGACCAUCCUGUGCCACCAGAAUCCAGUUACAGGGUUGCUUCCAGCCAGCUGUGACCACAAGGAUGCCUGGGUCCGGGAUAACGUCUACAGCGUCCUGGCGGUUUGGGCACUGGGUUUGGCAUAUCGUAAGAAUGCAGACCGUGAUGAGGACAAGGCAAAGGCCUAUGAACUGGAGCAGAGCGUGGUGAAGCUGAUGCGAGGCAUCUUGCAGUGCAUGAUGAGGCAGGUGGACAAAGUGGAGGCCUUCAAGUACACCCAGAGCACCAGGGACUGCUUGCAUGCCAAGUACAACACCAGCACCUGUGCCACCGUGAUAGGUGAUGACCAGUGGGGCCACCUGCAGCUAGAUGCCACAUCCUUCUACCUGCUCAUGCUGGCUCAGAUGACGGCCUCAGGGCUUCACAUCAUCCACAGCCUGGAUGAAGUCAGUUUCAUUCAGAACCUUGUCUUCUACAUUGAAGCUGCUUACAAGACCGCUGACUUCGGGAUAUGGGAACGUGGUGACAAGACAAACCAAGGCAUCACAGAACUGAACGCUAGCUCGGUGGGGAUGGCAAAGGCGGCCCUAGAAGCUUUAGAUGAGCUCAAUCUCUUUGGAGCCAAGGGGGGGCCCCAGUCGGUGAUCCAUGUGCUGUCAGACGAAGUGCAGCAUUGCCAGUCUAUUCUCCAUUCUAUGCUGCCACGGGCUUCAACUUCUAAGGAGAUUGAUGCCAGCCUCCUCUCAGUCACCUCUUACCCUGCUUUUGCCGUUGAGGACAGCCACCUGGCAGAGAAGACCAAGCAGGAGAUUAUCUACAAGCUACAAGGUCGCUACGGUUGCUGCCGGUUUCUCCGUGAUGGCUACAGAACCCCAAAGGAAGACCCGAACCGCCUCUAUUAUGAGCCUGCAGAACUGAAGCUCUUUGAGAAUAUUGAGUGUGAGUGGCCCCUGUUCUGGACUUAUCUCAUAAUUGAUGGCAUCUUCACUGGCAAUGCAGAGCAGGUUCAAGAAUACAGAGAGGCCUUGGAUGGGGUCCUCAUCAAAGGGAAAAAUGGAAUUCGGCUGAUACCUGAACUGUACAGUGUCCCGCUGGAGAAGGUAGAGGAAGAGUACUGCAACCCUCACACUGUCGACCGUGUCCCGUUGGGCAAGCUGCCACUCAUGUGGGGUCAAUCCCUCUACAUCCUGGGCUGCCUCUUGGCAGAGGGAUUUAUGGCUCCUGGGGAAAUUGACCCUCUGAACCGCAGGUUUUCAACUGUUGUGAAACCAGAUGUGGUGGUCCAAGUGUGCAUCCUAGCCGAGACAGAUGCCAUUAAGGCCAUCUUGCGGAAAGAGGACAUUGAGGUGGAGACAGUGGCCGAUGUCUACCCUAUCCGAGUGCAGCCGGCAAGAAUCCUCAGUCACAUCUAUGCCCGACUAGGUCGUAACAAGCGAAUGAACCUGAGUGGGCGGCCCUUCCGUCACAUGGGUGUUCUUGGGACCUCUAAGUUCUAUGACAUCAGGAACAACAUCUUCACUUUCACUCCGCAGUUCAUAGACCAGCAGCAGUUCUACCUGGCCCUUGACAACAAGAUGAUUGUGGAGAUGUUGCGGUCAGACCUUUCGUACCUGUGCAGCCGUUGGAGGAUGACAGGACGUCCAACCAUCACCUUCCCCAUCUCGCAUACUAUGCUUGAUGAAACUGGCACCAGCAUCCACUCAGCUGUCUUGGCCACACUGCGGAAGCUGCAGGACGGAUAUUUUGGAGGGGCAAGGAUCCAGACUGGUAGGUUGUCUGAAUUUCUCACCACUUCGUGUCGCACACACCUCAGCUUCAUGGACCCCGGGCCGGAGGGUAAGCUCUAUGCUGAUGACUAUGGGCUCAGCCUUGACAGCUUCAGCGAUUUAGACCCUGAGGACUGGCUGCAUGGCUUUCAAAUGUCAGAAGAUGGUGACAUCUGUGACGAAGUUGCCCAGUAUUUAGACCACCUCCUGGAGCACACGGUUCCCAAGGCCACCCUCUCUGAGUCGGGUCAGAAGCGGGGGCUCCACCGCUUCCGUGCAGCGGUGCACACCACUCGUGACCUCGUGUCCCUGAUGACGAAGGCUAAAGACCUGCAUGUGCAAAAUAUCGGCAUGUACAUCCCUUCGAAGCUGUUCCUGGAUUCUCAGCCAUCUGUUAACUUGCUGGGCUCCGUGCAGAAGCAAGACACUAAGCCAUCCAUCCAUGUUGAGGUGAACCUCCCUAAGGAUGCAGCUGGGAAUGUGGACUGCAAGACCCUGGUGGAUCAGCUCCGUGAAUGCCACUCCCUGCAGGACCAGGCCAACUACCUCUAUAUGCUCUACACCCUCAAAGGGCCGGAUUGGGAUACAGAGAUCUAUGGUGAAUCUGGGGUCACAGUCACUGAUCUCCUGAUAGACCUAUACAGCAAAGUUGGUGCCACUUGCCAGUGGGCCCUGAUCCGGUACAUCUCUGGGAUCCUGAAAAAGAAGGUGGAAGCUCUCGAUGAGGCCUGCACCAGCUUGCUGUCGCACCAGAAGCACCUGACUGUGGGGCUUCCCCCUGAGCCUCGUGAGAAGACCAUCUCUGCCCCUUUGCCUUAUGAGGAGCUCACCCGCCUGAUUGAUGAAGCCAGUGAAAAGAGUAUGAGCGUGUCCAUCCUGACUCAGGAGAUAAUGGUUUACCUAGCCAUGUACAUCCGGACUCAGCCGGCCCUCUUUGCUGAAAUGUUCCGUCUGCGUAUUGGACUCAUCAUCCAGGUGAUGGCGACUGAGCUGGCUCAGUCAUUGUCUUGCUCAGCUGAGGAAGCCACCGAGAGUUUGAUGAAUCUCAGCCCUUCGGAUAUGAAAAAUCUUCUGCAUCACAUCCUCAGCGGCAAGGAGUUUGGUGUGGAGAGAAGUGUGCGCUCCCUGGAUUCAGCGUUGACUCCAACUGUCUCCAUCCGUGAAGUUGGCCCAGUGGGAGCAACGAAAACCGAACGGGCUGGGAUCGUCCGGCUCAAAAGUGAAAUCAAGCAGCAACUGGAUAAGCGUAGGCAGUCUGUGCCUGAGCUUAAGUCUGGUGGUUUGCACUCCUUGGAGGUUAGCCUGGAAGCUUCUCAGUUAUCUGGACACUCCAUACCAUGCAGUGGCACAGUGGAAGACCAUCCCUCCAAGGAUGGGCGCCAAGGUCAGUGGCGGAGGCGCCGGCGGCUGGACGGGGCCCUCAACAGGGUCCCGGUGGGAUUCUACCAGAAGGUUUGGAAGAUCCUGCAGAAGUGCCAUGGACUGUCUGUGGAAGGUUUUGUUCUUCCAUCUUCAACAACCAGAGAGAUGACUCCAGGAGAGAUCAAGUUCGCAGUCCAUGUCGAGUCUGUCCUAAACAAAGUUCCCCAGCCAGAAUACCGGCAGCUCUUUGUCGAGGCCAUUCUGGUCCUGACAAUGUUGGCGGAGAUGGAAGUGCACUGCCUCGGCAGCAUCAUUAUGGUGGAGAAGAUUGUGCACCUUGCAAAUGACUUAUUCUACGAGGAACAGAAAGCCCUGGGCGCCGAUGACAACAUGCUGGAAAGGGACCCAGCCACAGGGAUCUGCACCUUGCUCUAUGACAGCGCCCCUAGUGGCAGGUUUGGCACCAUGACUUACCUCUCCAAAGCAGUGGUCACCUAUGUGCAGGAGUUCCUCCCCAGCAGUGGCUGUACCAUGCAGUAGCCCCGUUUGGGUUUCUCUGCAUGAGCUGGAAGA